AGUUCUCUAAUCAGUGAAGUGAGCAGCGAGUGGCCAACAAGCAGUCAAAGCCUAGGAAAAUUCAAAUUUCCUUCAGAAGACUCCAUUCACCGAUCCUUUCAUCGAGGUACAAUUGAGGUCUUCCUCGCUCUCUUUCUUCACCAUCUUGCGGCGAUAAUUAUUCUUACCUGAUGAUCAUGGGCUGGGGAAAUAUCUACAUAAGGCGCAGGAAACUGUUCUCUUUGGCUCUUGUAAUUUACUUGGAUUACAAGGUUUUACAGCAAUGGGAGAAGUGGAUAACCAAGUCAAAGAAAUCUGCUCUAUGGGAGAAAGCUCAUGAACGUAAUGCUAAGCGUGUAUUCAGCUUGAUGGUGGAGUUGGAAGGAUUGUGGGUGAAAAUGGGGAAGUAUUUAUCUACACGAUCUGAUGUACUUCCCAGGGCUUAUAUUCGCCUUCAAAAGCUACAAGACUCGCUUCCUCCUCGCCCUUUGGAAGAGGUUUGUAGAACAAUAGAGGAAGAGUUGGGAAAGUCCAUGAAUAUCUCCUUCCUAGAUUUUGAUAAAUCGCCACUGGCAACAACAUCGAUAUCACAAGUUCAUCGAGCAACUCUUCUUAAUGGACAGGAAAUAGUUGUUAAGGUCCAACAUGAUGGCAUCAAGACAAUAAUAUGAAGGUAGAAAUUUUGUUUACAGGACUUGAAGAAUGCGAGGAUAAUAGUAGAUUGGAUAGCAUGGGCUGAACCACAAUAUGACUUCAACACAAUGAUAUAUGAGUGGUGCAAGGAAGCACCAAAAGAAUUGGAUUUCAACCAUGAAGCAGAAAAUACAAAGAAAGUCUCUAGAAAUCUCGGAUGCAAAAACGGGGAUGAUGAAAAGAACCAUUUCAAUCAUGUUGAUGUUCUCAUACCAGAUGUUAUUCAGUCCACUGAAAAAGUGCUGAUUUUAGAAUAUAUGGAUGGGAUUUGUUUAAAUGAUAACGAAUCACUGGAAGCUUUGGGUGUGGAAAAGCAAAAGCUUGUUGAAGAGAUAACUCAUGCGUAUGCCCACCAAAUUUUUGUGGAUGGGUUUUUCAAUGGUGACCCUCAUCUUGAAAAUUUUCUAGUCAGUAAGGAGUCGCCACAUCGUCCCAUCCUGCUUAAUUUUGGGCAUACAAAGUCACUAUCUGGAUACAAAACUUCUUUGGCAAAGAUAUUCCUUGCAUCUAUAGAGGGUAGCCAUGUGACACUUUUAUCCGCGUUUGCAGAAAUGGGGCUUAGGAUACGUCCGGACAUGCCUGAACAAACUCUUGAAAUUUCCAAUGUAUUCUUUUGUAGUUUAACAGAUGCGAAUGAAGAUUCAGAAAAGAUGAAAUCACAACCAAAAGAAGAAGCUAAACGUUUUAAUCCUGUGGAUACUUUUCCAGUCGAUAUUGUCAUAUUGACUAGGGUUCUGAAUCUCCUCCAAGGGCUCUCAUCCACAAUGAACGCACAUCAGGAAAUCAUGAGACCUUUUGCUGAGUCUGUUUUGGAAGAAAAUAUUAGCAAUGGGGCAACAGUACUAAAUCCUCAAUGGAUAUAUGAAACACCAGUCCUUUCUAAUGCUGAGGCCAAGUUGAGGCAGCUCCUUGUUGAGUUGGGGCAUACUGACAAAAUACUUGGUAUCCAGGUAUGUGCCUAUAAAGAUGGAGAGGUAAUAAUUGAUACAGCUGCUGGAAUGAUGGGUAGAUAUGAUCCUCGUCCUGUUCAGCCUGAUAGCCUAUUUACUGUAUUUUCUGCCACCAAGGGCAUUACAGCCGGUUUGAUGCAUUGGCUGGUUGAAACUGGGAAACUGAAGCUGGAGGAAAAUGUGACAAAUAUUUGGCCAGAAUUUGGAACGAAUGGAAAGGAUCAAGUAAAGGUCCAUCAUGUUUUGAAUCACACAUCUGGUCUUCACAAUGCACUGGGAACUAUAGGCCUUAAUCCUACGGUUGAUUGGAAUGAAUGUCUGAAUCAAAUUGCAAAGUCUGUCACAGAAACUGAGCCUGGUAGUGUGGAGCUAUACCAUCAUCGUUCUUUUGGAUUUCUAUGUGGUGGGAUAAUUGAGCAUGUAUCAGGCAAGAAAUUUCAGGAGAUUCUUCAAGAAGCUAUCAUUGAUCCACUAGAAAUUGAAGGCGAGCUAUAUAUUGGAAUUCCCUCAGGUGUGGAAUCUCGAUUAGCUACAGUGACAUUAGAUAGAGAUGAUCUGAGUAAGUUUUUGGCAUUGAGCAAAAAUCCAGACGUACCUUCCUCUUUAUCCAAAUCCAUACAAGAAGGGACGAUAACUUCUAUCCCGUUUCAUUUUAAUUCCAUGGACAUCCGACGAGCUAUUAUUCCAUCUGGAAACGGACACUGCUCUGCCCGUGCCUUAGCGAGGUACUACGCCGCCCUUGUCGACGGUGGACUAAUCCCAUCUUCAUCGUCGUCGUCGUCUCAACCCUGUCAGAAGAAACAGAGCCCAAUUUCAGACAUGAAAGCCAGUACUAAGCCGUCUUUGUUUUCGAACCCUGCAAUUCACGAUGCCUUUAUGGGCAUAAGAGAGUAUGAGCAUUUGUGUCUCAAAGAUGGGAAAUUUGGACUCGGGUUUAAGAGAUCAUACGCCAAGGAUGGGUCGACACUGGUGGGGUUUGGGCAUGCAGGGUUCGGUGGGUCAGUGGGGUUGUGUGACAUAAAUAAUCGGUUUGCAAUUGCUAUUACCGUAAACAAAUUGUCAAUGGGGGGAGUUAGUGGUGAAAUAGUUAAUCUUGUUUGCUCAGAACUUGGAAUCCCAGUGCCAUUUGAAUAUGUCAGAUUUGAUGAUGCAUCAGCUGGUGUGAUCAACUGAGCUUGCUCCAUCUCAAGGUAAGAAUAAUAAUAACUACUCUUCUUAUCAAAUGUUUCAUUUUAAAUUUCUACUAAAUGAGAGCUUAAAAAAAUCAUAUUACAUAUUUUGUGAGUGAUGAAAAGUAGGAAAAUGGAAGGCAGCUAAGCUAUGAAUGAAUGAAUGAAUGAAUGAGGACAUGAUGAUGAUAUAAUAAUUCUCAUUUUUUGGGGUUGUAGUAAAAAAUUCUGUCUAUAGAUUCUAGAGUCCACGUAGAUACAUACAAUGUAUGAUGAUCUCCCACACACGUGAUUACCCCAAUCGUUCCAUUUGCUUCUUUUGGUCCAUCACUGCGUACAAUGCUUUAUCAUCAUCAUCAUCCUCUCUUAUCACUUUUUAUGUGCACCAAACCUUCAUCAUAUUGGCUCUCAUUUUGACAACACUUUUUAUGUCUU